AUGGCACCAUCUGGAGGCGUCGAUUUGUCCCAGAUCUUCGGUGGCGAAUGGCCUGCAGGCAAGCCCCUGGAUGAACUGUAUCUCGAGCGGCUGCAUCCGAGUCUCCGAGCGAUGUUCGCGUCCUCGCCGACGCUGAAGGCGAUGUGGCAGCACGAGGUGAAAGCAGCCCUCGAUGGCAUGACCACAGACGAUGUCUCCAAGCUCAAUCCGAACCAGCUUAAGCAGCUCAUGGAAGCGGAGAAGGAGGUUGACGCACGCAUCGACGAGGUGAACAAGAUGGUGGAGGACCACGGCGAAGCGGUCGAACACCUGAAAAACCUCUUUGCGGGCAACGCGAUGGAGAGUGGGCUGGGUGUGGGAGGCAUCGCGAUUGCAGAAGAGCAGGUGUCUUCCUGGGCGCUUGGGUGCCAGGUGAACCCGCCAGGAACCACCCGCACCUUCCUGUUCUCUUCGGAGUCUGUGAACGAGGGCCACCCGGACAAGAUCUGCGAUCAGGUCUCCGAUGCAGUCCUGGAUGCAUGCCUGAAGGUGGAUCCCAAGAGCAAGGUGGCCUGCGAGACCGCCACCAAGGACAACAUGGUGAUGGUCGCCGGAGAGAUCACCACGGGCGCAGCUCUGGACUACGACAAGGUUGUGCGAGGCGUCGUGGAGCAGAUUGGCUUCGACAGCUUCGUCGAUGACCUGUCCAGCGUGGACAGCAAGGGCUUGAGCUACAAGACCUGCGAGGUCUUGGUUCGCAUCAACAAGCAGAGCCCCGACAUCGCCGGGGGUGUGCACGUGGGCAAGGACGACAUGGAUGUCGGCGCCGGCGAUCAGGGUAUUAUGUUCGGCUAUGCCAGCGAUGAGACCUCGGACUGCAUGCCCUUGACCCAUUCCAUGGCCACGCGCCUGGGCAAGACGCUGACGGAGGUCCGCAAGAGUGGCGAGUGCUGGUGGCUCCGCCCGGACGGCAAGACUCAGGUGACCAUCGAGUACCUGCAGCAUCCGGAUGGCUCCGUUGAGCCCAAGAAGCUUGGCCUAGGAUUCAGGGCCUUUCCUCGAUUCAGCGUACAGGACCUUGAGUGCGCUGGCUACAAGGGUGCCGAGAUGACGGCGCCAACCAUGGAGCAGAUGAACAAGGAGAUCGAGGAGAAGGUCAUCAAGCGCACCCUUCAGUCCAUCAAGCUGAAGAACGGCCAGCCCGCCAUCAGCCUCUACGGUGCCCACACGCACCUGCACAUCAAUCCUUCGGGCAAGUUCAUCAUCGGUGGCCCCCAGGGCGAUGCGGGACUGACCGGCCGCAAGAUCAUCAUCGACACCUACGGAGGCUGGGGAGCCCAUGGUGGUGGCGCUUUCUCCGGCAAGGAUCCCACCAAGGUGGAUCGCUCUGCCGCCUACAUUUGCCGACAGAUGGCCAAGUCGGUGGUCAACAGCGGGCUGAGCGCUCGCUGCCUCGUUCAGCUGUCCUACGCCAUCGGUGUGGCCAAGCCUCUGUCUCUCUUCGUGGAGACCUACGGCAGCGAGAAGGGCGCACUUUCUGUCGACGACAUCACCAACCUGCUCAAGAUCGAGUUCGACUGCCGACCUGGUGCCAUCGCUCAGAGCUUGGCGCUCCGGGAGCCCAAGUACCAGGACACUGCCGCCUACUGCCACUUCGGACGUGAGCCGGUCACCAAGAACGGCAUCAAGUUCUUCGAGUGGGAGAAUGCCAAGGACCUGAAGAAGUAUGCCUCCAUGAACUCCGAUCAGGUCACCGCGGCCCUGAAGAGCAGCAACUACCUCACCAAGUGGGUGGACUAA